AGAGUUGACAUAUAUGUGCUGCAUGAGGAUGUGUUGCACUCGACAUGUAGCGUUCUAGCAAGCUUGUCUGUCUCACAUUAAAAUUAAGGUAGAAAGUGACUUCGCGAUCUCGGACUGGUGCAUUAUAGACAACACAAACAAUCUAUUUCUGCCAUCUCUGCAGUCAUGGAUAGCAGCAGCCUCUGUUUAACCUGUGGCCAGACACCGCGAAAAUCCAUCGUAAUAUCGGAUCCUUCCAAGCAAGACAUCGCCCUCAUCAUUUGUCAGCACUUUUGGUACCAAGAAGAUGAUCUGCGAAGUGCCAUCAUCUGUACAUUAUGCUGGGACAAAGUGGACGGAUUUCAUCGGUUUUACCAAGAAGCGAAGCAGCUACAUGAGCAACAGUUGAGCUUGAAACCAUCUGCUGUUUUUAUCAAACAGGAAAUUGAAAUCGAGGAACCGGAACUUCAGGAGAAUGUUCAAUCAGAAGAGGCACAAGGCGAGCAAGUUGCUGACGAGGCUGAGUGCAGGUUUGAGAUUACGGAGAUAAAAGAAGAAUGUGGCCAAAGUGAUUCUAGUUCUCAAAAGGCUCACUCUUCGAAGAAGAAGGUAAAGCGCACUGAAGUAACGCCGGAGCAGGAGAAAGCAGAGGAUGAUUUUAUCAAACAGCAUAGACCUUACGUAUGUAGCGAUUGCUAUGAAGAGUUCGAGAGUUUCGAAGCGAUCCGCCGUCACACGUAUGUUGAACACAAAAAGAGAUAUAUUAUGUGCUGUGGCACUCAACAAAGAUCUCGAUCUGUGCUGUACCAGCACGUCCAGCAUGUUCUCAAUCCGGACGCAAUUCGGUGUGAAAUUUGCGACAAGACGUUCAAGUUCCAUAGUGGUUACAUUCGCCACAUGGAGGAACUUCAUCCGGAAGGAAAAACUCUGAUCUUCAAGUGCGAUCGAUGUCCCAGAAGCUUUCCCAAAAAGAAGUUGCUAAAGCGGCACCUGUCCGAGCACGAAACGUUGGAGAACGAAACGGCCAAGUGUGAAAUUUGCGGUAAAUGCUUCGCAAGACGAAUCCUCCUAAAGCGGCACAUCCUGGCGGUGCACGUCGAGAAGAGGUAUGACUUCAUCUGCGAGCUUUGCUCCAGACGGUUCGCAACGAUUUCCGAGCUGAGGAAGCACAAGAGGGUGCACGACCUCACGGCAGAACAGCUGAGAAAGCAGUGCCCCGUUUGCAACAAGUGGUUGAAGAGUGUCACGUCCUGGAGAACGCAUGUGCAAAGCCAUAGGGACGAAGGUGAGUUCCGGUGCGGCAGUUGUGAUCACGUCUCCGUCAACCAGGUGGCCUUGAAGAGGCACAUCGAGCGGAUGCACAGUGGCGCGGUUAGAAGCUAUCCGUGCACGCUAUGCGGAAAGGAGUACUCGCGACCCACCACCCUUAAGGAACACAUUGCCAACGUGCACACGGGCGAACCGCUGUACCAGUGUACGUACUGCGAGAAGAAGUUCUUCUCGAAUGCCACCAUGUAUCGGCACAAGAAGAAAGAUCACCCGCAGGAGUGGUUGGACAAUCACAUGAAGAAGUAUAACACCGAGGCGGCGGUGAAGAUUGAGGGUGAGACCGGAGAGGGGCAGUAGAGUGGACUAUAGAAACCACGGAACACAAAAUUCAGCGAUUAAAGCAAACUUUCAGAAAGAUAAGAAGAUGAAUGUUUCCCAUUUUUGCAAGAAAACAAGCCUCAAUGCAAGUAAUGCACAGUUGUACGCCAAGGAGACGGAAUCGGAAAACGGUGGUGGAGUACAGCGGUUUAUAAUUGUUUAAAAAACUGCUCAGAAGGCGAAUCAAAAUAGAAAUGAUCGAUUUUUGUUAGUUUGUAUCAAUAAACUAGUUGCUAAGUACAUCUAGAUAA